AUGUGCCAUUACAGGGGUGGCCCUAACCCUCUUUCAGGUAAAGAUCUCCAACUUUUAUCUCCAAGUCAGCUGUGCAAAGUAUUCCCAUUGUUGACCAACAUUCAUCGCCAGCUUUCAUCGGCACAGCUCCCAGGGUCAUGGGAAUACAAAGGCUGCUAUACCGAAGGCAGCUCCGGUCGGGCCCUGACCCACCAGGAGCCCGACAGUGCCACCCUGACCGUGGACUCGUGUGUUACCACUUGCAUCGGUCUUGGCUACCGCGUCGCCGGCAUGGAGUACGGCGCCCAGUGUUUUUGUGACAACUUCGUUCGCAAUGGGGCCAAUCUCACCGCCGACACGGAUUGCAACAUGGGCUGUGCCGGCGAUGCAUCCCAGGACUGCGGCGCGGGCAAUCGGUUGAGUAUUUACUCGAAUGCUACCCUUGUUGUGUAUGAGCCGCCGGCACCACAGAAGACGGAUUUGCCAGGGGAUUGGGAGUAUGUGGGGUGUCUCUUUGAUGCGGUUGACUCGCGCACAUUCCCUUGGAUGGGCGAGAAUAUCGACAACACGACGGCAACCAGCUGCCUGUCGGCCUGUAGCAAGUUUGGAUAUAAUGCAGGUGGCAUAGAGUAUGGCUACCAAUGCUUCUGCGGAGAUAUCAUUGAUGUUGCCAACCAUGGCCGGACUACCAUGAUGCCAGAGUCGGACUGCACCGUUGCCUGCUCUGGCGAUCCACGCUAUAUCUGCGGAGGAGGCAACCGGAUCUCCUACUACAAGUGGACUGGCGAGGACUUGACGACAUGGUCGUGGGCCUCGGGCAAUGCAGCAGGAAGUUACGACUUCAUCAUGUCGAGUCCCAUCAUUCCGCUGAUCAGCACGGUCGGUCUCAACCAAAAGGUGGUCUUCGUGGAGAAGCACGGAACAUCCAAGGAGAACAACAGCACGGGAUCCUUUGAGUUUGAUCCAUCCUUGGCGCCCAACUACGACACUGCCUUCCGUGAGCUCCAACUCAAAACCGAUGUGUUCUGCUCAGCGUCUCUUGUCCUCCCCGACAAGGCCGGCAGGCAAAUCAACAUAGGCGGGUGGUCAGUCGAGUCGCUCUACGGUAUUCGACUCUUCACACCUGACGCCUCCCUCGGUACCGAUGGAACAACUCAAUGGGAAGAGAACGUCGACGAAUUGGCACUGUUCGACCCUCGCUGGUAUCCCACGGCGGCUACGCUCUCGAACGGAUCUAUCCUUAUCAUCGGUGGCGAGGAUGGGUCAGAUGGGCCCAUGGUGCCCACGGCUGAGGUGCUCCCCCGACCGGCGGGCGUCACGGCAUCGACGCAUCUCGACUACCUCGAAAACGUCGCCAAGGUCAACUCGUACCCAUUCGUCGCCGUGCUCCCUUCAGGUAACAUGUUCUUCGCCCAGUACAACGAGGCCCGCAUCAUCUCUCAGGUCGAUUUUAGCACCAUCCGCAUGCUACCUCAAAUGCCCGGCGCCGUGAACAAUCCCGACGCCGGAAGGGAUUAUCCCCUCCAAGGAACCAUGCAAAUCUUGCCUCAAUAUGCCCCUUACACCGAACCCUUAACCGUCUUACUGUGCGGCGGCACCACUGACGGCGCCAACUUCGGCCUCGACAACUGCAUCUCCACACAGCCCGAUGUUGCAGAUGCAGGGUGGACCAUCGAGCGCAUGCCAUCGACCCGCGUGGUUGUUUGCAUGGUCGGCCUCCCCGACGGCCGCUACCUCAUCAUGAACGGUGCCUACAACGGCCGCGCAGGCUUCGGACUUGCUACCAACCCCAACAAGGGGGCUGUCUUGUAUGACCCUACCAAGCCAGUCGGCACUCGCAUGACCCAGCUGGCGAACAGCACGAUUGCGCGGCUGUACCACUCGGAAGCCGUGCUCAUGAUGGACGGCCGCGUCUUGGUUUCCGGCUCAGACCCACAGGACGACAUCAAUCCCCAGGAACACCGCCUCGAGUACUUCAGCCCGGAUUACAUCCUUUCCGGCACUGCUCGACCAACCUUUUCCAUCAAUAACAAGGACUGGGCCUACGGCUCCACCGUGCCUUUUACCCUCACCUCCGCACCCAACGGGGCCAUCAGGGUCUCUCUGAUUGCAGCCGUGGGGUCCACGCACGGGAACAGCAUGGGUCAGCGCACCCUGUUCCCGGCCGUGAGCUGUUCAGGGACGGCAUGUACGGUUACGGCUCCGCCUAAUGCGAGGGUCAGUCCGCCGGCUUGGUAUAUGAUGUUUGUGCUCGAUGGGCCGACGCCCAGUGAGGCUACUUGGGUCAGGAUCGGUGGGGAUCCGGCGGCCAUUGGGGAUUGGCCGGAUCUGGAAGGAUUUACUACGCCGGGGGUUUGGGGCGAACGGGUUAUAAGGGGUCAUGAUGAUCUUGCCCACUCAGAGUCGGUCGAAGUUAGAUAA